AUGUCCUCCACACCGUCCCAGCCCCCGCCCGCCCCCGCCGUCGCCGCGGAAUCGGACCCGGCCACUUUCGCCCACAUCGAGAACUACAUCUCGACGCGCUGCAACGCAUCCCCCAUCUACGCCUUCCUCUUCCACCCGGGCCUCCGGCUGACGCACGCCUCCAAGGGCCUCAUCAUUGCGCGCCUCCCCGUCGCCGCGAACCACCUCAACACCGCCGGCAGCAUCCACGGCAGCGUCUCGGCCACUAUCGUCGACUGGGCCGGCGGCCUCGCCAUCGCGUCCUGGGACCUGCGCGACGCGACGGGCGUCAGCGUCGACAUCAACAUCAGCUAUCUCUCGGGUGCCAAGGUCGGCGACGAGAUCGAGAUCGAGGGCCGCGUCGAGAAGGUCGGCGGCAGCCUGGCAUUCACGCACGUCAACAUCUACAAGGUCGCCGCUGACGGGACGCGGGGCGCCACCGUCGCCAAUGGCCGGCACACCAAGUUCGUGAGGAGCCGGUGA